AUGUCAGUUGACUAACAGAGCAAUUUAGGGACGAAUUGUAUCAAGCAUGAUUCCAAUAUAUCCACACCAUCGAGGAAGAGAUGGACUUCUACUGAAGAUGAUAUUUUACAUUCAGCCAUUGAAAAAUACGGAACAAAUUGGUGUUAAGUUGCCCAAAGCUUUUCAAACAGAAACCCAAAUUCAUGUAUUUAAAGGUGGAAAAGGAUGAAUGGAAAGAAUGUAAUUAUUAUCUUUAACAGAAAGAAGCAAAAACUCUAGAAAUGGAGUUUAAAAGAAGACUAAUUACUUUCAAAAUUAGUAGGGUUGUAUGGAAGAAAGUGGAAAAAGAUCUCAAAAUACUUUACACCUAAAACCAAUAAGUAAUGCAUGGAGAGAUACAACAAUUGCCUGAACCCAAAUCUCAAUAAGAACCCUUUCUCAUUAGAAGAAGAUUAGAUAAUUUAUGAAAAUUAUCUCAUCUUUGGUUCAAAAUGGUCUAGGAUUGCAAAGUGCCUAACUAAAAGAACUCACAAUUAAGUUAAAAAUCGAUUUUAUACUCACAUACUUUCUUCACAUCUGUAAUUAGUAAAUCCAUACUACACCAAACUACUCCCAGAAAGAGCUAAAGAAAUCCUAAUCGAAGUCAGAAAGGAGCAUUAAUAAAAAUUGUUAUAAGAUAGUUUAAAAGAAUAAAAAGCUCAUUUGAUCUAAUCUGCAUUUGAUGUUGACUCAAUCUAAGUCGAAUAGGAAGAUGAUUAUUCUAAUCAUCAUAGAUUUGUAUGA